AUGUUACUUUCCGGUGCUCCUCAUGUAUAUGCAAGGGGACGAUUACAACAUCUUCAAAGAAGAGUUCUUUCUCGAACGUUGGUUGGAUUUGUUAGGAAUGCUUUAGGGUUAGAACCUCCACCAACUCCGGAUGAGCCACGAGUAAGCAAUAGGUUCUAUCCAUGGGAUCAAUCUCCUUCACCUGAACUACGAGAAAGAGCAGCCAAGAUUAAAGCUAUGGCACGUUGCCCUAUAACGGGAAAGGAAAUUAAUUAUACGUGCCCAAUUUCUGGUAUACCAACCCAUCACUCGAGAGAAGCUUGGGAGCAAGAUGAAGCUUACCACAGGAAUAAGAUUCCUGAUAUUUUGAAGAAGGUUAAUAUUUACGAACAUGAUUUGAGAAGUGGCAGAUCUUUCCCAGAGUUUGACUUUCCUAGUGACCAGACGUUUGAUCGUGCUGUCAAUUUGGCUAAUUGGGAUUUGUAUUUUUACACGAGGUCAUUCUAUUCUAUGGAUACCGAAUUUCAAUUAGCUACAGUAACGAAGAUGCUGAGUUAUCCUAUCACAAUUGCUUCGGUAUUACACCAAUAUUCUCCAUAUUCUCUCUAUCCACACGGUCCAAUUACUUUGGAAGGUUUGAAAUCGAUUGCAGCUCUAAGAUAUUCGUUGUAUCCAUCGCAACAUAAAUCAUCACGUAGUGUGCUUAACAAGACACGUCCAAUGAGAAUUUUUAUACUGGGCGCACGUGCUGAGAGUCAAUUACCAGGUCAUGUCUGGAAGCAAUUCCAAUAUUUGUUCCCAUUACAAACUUUUGAAAUUAUUUUCAUUGGUCCUGAAUGCCAACUAAGAGAACCAAGUAAUAGCGUUGGUGGUGCGAACAAUAUAGUUAAGAGAAUUGAUGAUACCAUAUCGUUAGUUUACCAUCCUAAAUUAUUCCAUGACAUACAUAAGGCUCAAGAUUUCUUCCCAUACGAUCCCUACAACGAUGUUUUCUUUGUGUUCCAUCCUGGGUUUGCUUCACCUGAAACUAAGGAACUUUGGAUGAACGAUACCGUGAAGGCAUUAUUAGACACAAAAUGCGCAGUUUUCCAUACCGGAUUUAGUAAGAAGGACUUAUCUAAUGAUGUUAAAUUGUUAAACAAAAUGUAUGGUGACAAACUUGACACUCUAAUGACACCUGUGAAGAACUUAUUUGGAAGUACCAAAUGGGAACUGAACGAUCUAAAUCCUCAAGAAGUUUAUCAAUUCAACAUGUAUAUAUCUGCGUUCAGAGGUAAGAGGUACCAUCCUAUUGAAAUAUGA